AUGGCGUUCCGCUCGACCCGGUCGACCCGCGCGAAGGAGCGGUCGGUGCUCCAGCGCGGUCUGCAUGCGCUCGGAAGCUUCUGCGGCGCGCGUCCAUGGACCGUCAUGGCCAUGGCCAUCGGCGCCAGCAUCCUCGGCUCACUCGGCGUGCUGCACAUGACCAUCCAGAACGAGCCGCAAAAGCUGUGGGUGCCACCGACGUCGACGUCGGCGAUGCAGCAGCGCUUCUUUGACGAGCACUUUGGGCCAUUCUUCCGCAUCGAGCAGCUCAUCUUCCACUUGCCCAACGGCAGCGACAACGACGUCAUUUACAAGGCCUUUCUCGCCGAGGUCGGCGAGCUCCAGCAGCACAUCAUGACGACGAACGCGACGCUCGGCAACGAAACCAUUGGCCUCGACGACCUCUGCUUUCGGCCCAUUCCGGGCAAAGGCUGCCUCGUCGAGAGCCCGAUGCAGUACUGGCGCGGCGACGUCGCGCUCGUCGCGUCCGACCCCGACAUUAAGCUCACGAUUGCCUGCCAAACGACCCAUCCCAACCUCACGUCCUUCUCUCCCUGCAUGGACCAAAACGGCGUCCCCGUCAUGCGCGACGUCGUCUUUGGAGGGCUCUCGACCGACAGUUGCCACAAGAACCCGGAUCCUUGCGGCGACCCCACGCCCCGCGCGACGGCGCUCAUAGUCACCUUCCUCCUCACCAACGACAUGGAGCCGGCGGCGCAGGCCCGCGCCAAGGCGUGGGAAGAGCAAGUGUUUCUGCAUCUUGCAGCAACGUACGUCUCCAAGGUCGGGCUCGUCGUCGAGUCGAUGGCCCAGCGCUCGGUGGAAGACGCGCUGACGGUCGAGACGCAGCGAAACGCGUUCAUCGUCGUCUUGAGCUACCUCCUCAUGUUCGUCUACGUGGCCAUGGCGCUCGGCAAGCCGCUGGAUCCGGUCAAGUCGCGCUACGUGCUCGGGCUCUGGGGCAUCUCGAUCGUGAUUGCGUCCAUGGGCAUCGCUUUUGGUAUCGCGGUCACGGUGCUGCACAUGGACAUUACCAUGAUCACGCUCGAGGUCGUGCCCUUCCUCAUCCUCGCGAUCGGCGUCGACAACAUGUUUAUUCUCACCAACGAACUCGACCGCGUCCUCCGCGCGCAGACGCACAUUCCCCGCGAGUUUACCUCGCUGCCGCAGCUCCUUGGCGAUGCAAUGGCCAACGUCGGCCCAUCCAUCACAGUGGCCGCGGUGUCCGAGUCGCUCGCCUUCCUUGUCGGCGCGUACACCAAGAUCCCGGCGCUCGAGUCGUUUUGCAUUGUGGCCGCGCUGGCCGUCGUCGCCGACUAUGUGCUGCAGAUGACGUGGUUUGCCGCGGCCUUGGCCAUUGACGCGCGGCGUGUGCGCGCGCGUCGGUACGACUUGAUGCCGUGGAUGAAGAAGCCGUAUGUGCUCAGCCCCGACAAGAACCGGCAGAUCCGAGCCUACUCGGAGGACUUUGAAGAUGGCGAGACGGCGUCCGUCGUGCAGUCCUUUCUGGACACGCGCUGGAUCCCGACCUUGUUUUCGGCCCGUGUCAAGACUCUUGUGCUCGGACUCUGGCUCGGGUGGCUCGCCUGGAGCGCCUAUGCGUUCACACAGAUACCCAUGGGCCUCGAGCAGACGCUGGCGAUUCCGACCGACUACUACCUCCACGACUACUUUGAGGCGCAGACCAAGUACGGCGACGCAGGCCCGCCGGCGUACAUUGUGCUGCGCGAUGUCAACUUUACGGACGGCCACGUGCAAACCAGCACGCUGCAGUUGCUCGACAACCUCUCGCUUCUGCAGCCGUACCUCGGGUCGACGAUCUCGUCGUGGCUCAACACGUUCAACCAGUGGCGGCAGCUGCGCCAGUUCCUUGCCGAAAGCACGAAGAAGCUCAGCGACUGUCCCGAGCAGCCGCUGGACCCGUUUCCGUUCGAGACGUCCGACCCGAGCGCCCGCACGACGCCUCUCGAGCUCUACUACCCGCUCGUCCAAACGUUUACGCGCAUCCCGAUCGAGUCGCAGUGUUGUCAGAGCUACGGUCUCUGCGGCGCGCAGUUUGCAAUGGACAUUGAUUUCACGCUGCCUGUGGCCGACGGCAACGCGACGGCGAUUGCUGCAUCGCGCAUGCGGUUCCAAGUCGCGCCGAUGACCAACCAGUCGAUGUUUAUCAACUCGUUCUACUACCUCACGACGCUCACGGCCGAGUGGAGCCAGCCGCUGUCCGCCAUGCCCGACGCGGCCUUCCCCUACAGCCUCUACUUUGUCUACUACGACCAGUACUUGACCAUCCAAGGCAUUGCUCUGCAAAGCGUCUUGCUCGCUCUCGGCGUCGUCUAUGUCUGCCUGGCACUCUUGCUGCCGCACCAGCUGCGGACGUGCCUGGUCGUGACAGUGGGCGUGGCCUCGAUGGCCAUGUCGCUCAUCGGCGUCGUGCACCUCUGGAACCUCUGCUCGACGCUGCACACGUCCAUCAACGCGGUCUCGGUCGUCAACUUGGUUGCGUGCGUCGGCCUCGGUGUCGAGUUCAACAUUCAUGUCGCGUCGACCUUUGCGGCGCUCCAGAGCUCGAAGCUCGAGCGGGCCAAAGUCGCGCUCUCGGUCGUCGGGCCGUCGAUCGUGAGCGGCAUCACGCUCACCAAGGUCGUCGGCGUCGGCGUCCUCGCGUUCGCCCACUCGCAGCUCUUCCAGGUGUACUUCUUCCGCAUGUACGCCUCGAUCGUCGUCCUCGGUGCGCUCCACGGCCUCGCACUCGUGCCGCUCUUGCUGAGUCUGUUGGGGUCGACGGCCCCGCGCCACCGCCUUCUCGACGGUCCCGCGUCGGACUUUACACGCGGCCUCCUCAGCGACGACUCGGACACGGACGACUAG